GUGCUCGGGGAACAAAGAGUACUUUCUCAAUGGGAAAGUAAAUUGAGGACAAGGGUUUUCCGAACGUUUAAGGCUGUUGUGACUGUUUUGCCUGGUUGUAGCGAAAGACAGUUUGGAUUUGUGGUGACAUUCAUAGAAAUUAGUGUGCCAGAUAGAUAAAAUUAAGCAUUUGUGAGCAUGGGGGAUAGGUCUGGUAAAGAAAACCCCAUUGAAGACUGAAGGUGUGGAUGCUGUUUAUAUGAGGGGAAAAUAUGGUGAUGGUGCUAUAAGUGUUACGUAUGUUUGGGUAAAAAAUUUCGGGCCUCCACAGAGAGGAACACUCAGCAUAAGCUAAUUUAUUUGGAAGGAAAAAAAUAGAUCAUAGAAUAAAGAAGAAAAGAAACUGAAAAGACAUUGAAUGUGUGGAAAUAUGAAGCAGAAUGCGGGAACAGAGGGAAAGGAGAAGCUCACGAGAAAAGUCUUGACUCAUCACUUGCAAAAGGUCCUAGCAAAUUUCCUACAUCAAACAUCAACAGACAAUAUUGUGAUUGAGGCAAUGAUGAGAUCGGGGCAGGGCAUUGAGAGAGGGCAUACAGGGAGGCCAUAGCAGCCAUGUAAGGCAAGACACCAUCUCGUUCACACUGAGAAUACCAUCAGAACCCAACAGAAGAAGAAAAAAGGAGAAAAUGGACAAAGAGCUCCAUCUGGUGAUCCGAACCCUGUACCAAUCUGUCCAAGCUACAGCCUCUUUGCCAGAACUCCCGAGGAUGAGGAUGAUAUGACCUGGGCAUCUGUUUUAAGUGCUAUAAGAGGGAAUGCUUCAACAGGGACAGCAUCAUCACAAGAAUGACAACGAGAGACGUGCAACUAUUCUGACUCAUCUGAUACCUGAAGUUGACGGUACCACGCCUUUGGCACAUGGACAUGAUAGUAUUCCAGCCUGAGCUCACACUUGAGAGUAACUCCUCCACAGGUGCUUGCAUUUCCAUUUGCCUCUAAGAUACAUUGCAUAAGAGCUGCACAACCAGCCGAGGAAAGGUGUGAAAAACAACAGGAACACGAUCUGAAGCUUUUGUAAAUGAUGAUGGAAGAUGGAAAGAUUACAGUGACAGAGGAGGACUGGUCUGAUUUAUAUGACAACUAUAACUAUUCAGACCUGAACGGCUCUUACGAUGGGGUUGAAGGGGGUGAUGUUUGCGACCUGACUAAGACUGUGGACUUUGAAGCCGUGUUCAUACCAGUUCUGUACUCCAUGGUGUUUGUUGUUGGUCUGCUUGGGAAUGGAUUGCUGUUGGGAAUACUGGCUCGGAGUAGGAAGACCUGGAGUGUGACAGAUACGUUCAUCCUCCACCUGGGAGUUGCAGAUAUCCUGAUGCUGGUGACGCUGCCCAUCUGGGCUGCACAGUAUGCUCAAAGUGAUGGAUGGACAUUUGGUACUCCCCUUUGCAAGAUCAGUGGAAGUAUUUUUACAAUUAACUUCUACAGUGGGAUCCUUCUCCUGGCCUGCAUCAGUCUGGACCGCUACCUGUCCAUCGUCCAUGCUACACAGAUGUACUCAAGGAAGAAGCCUUGGGUUGUUCAGGCCAGCUGCCUGAUGGUGUGGUUCUUUUCCCUGCUUCUCUCCAUCAUUGACUGGAUCUUUUUAGAAGAAAUAUUUGAUGAUAGACGAGGCAGAAGAGAGUGUAUUCACAACUAUCGUAGAUUUGAUGAGAAUGCAGUAUAUUAUUGGAGGUUGGCAUCACGCAUGAUUUAUCUCAUAGUGGGCUUUGUGCUUCCUUCCGGUGUCAUGAUUUUCUGUUACUCCCGCAUCCUGCAUCAGCUGAGCUAUGGUGCCCAGAGCCUUCAAAAGCAGAGAGCUUUUAAAGUUAUUGUGGCUGUGGUGGUGGUUUUCUUUAUCUUCUGGACCCCGUACAACAUCACACUCUUAGUCGAAACAAUUCAUUUUGACAACAACACAGAAACUUGUUCAGACACAACAUCUCUGGAAAAAAUUAAGACAGUGACCACCUGUGUGGGUUUCAUUCACUGCUGCCUCAAUCCCAUCCUGUAUGCUUUUGUGGGUGUGAAGUUCCGGCGUCAGCUUAUGAGCAUCCUCAGGUCUCUGGGCUGCAAAGUGGCAAGUGCAAAAAUCCAGUCUUUUGUCAGCAACAGGAGAAGCUCCAUGUGGUCCGAGUCUGCCGACACCUCCCACUCCCUUGCUAUCUGAGAAAGACAAAAACAACAAAUCUGAUCAAGCUUACAAACUAAGCUGAAUGGACAUUAAGACAAAUACAUGAACAUCAGAGCAUACAGUAUGUUUUUUUCUAUUGUUGUGUUUCAUUGCUGAAACGGGCAGUGGUUAUUGUGUUGUUUUCUGUAGUUGCACGUGACUUGACAGAAAUAAUUUUGUUAAUCUGCCACUCAUACCUGCAUUUGUUAGCAGCUGAAAUGUCUUCCUUUUUUUUCGGAUUGCCGGGCAGCAUUGUAAUAGAAAUAAGCCACGAGAGCAUAAUAAUCAUAAGUGUAAAGAGAUUAAUAUGUUUGAGAUUAAUGUGUUUUCAAUAGCUUGUAUUUUAUACUAUUUUUUUUUUGGGGUAUAUUGAUUUAUGUUUUGUGCAAAAUGUUCAAAUAUUAAAAAAACAAAAAACAAAAACAUAAUAAAAUCUGUUUCCAAUGAAAAAUUCCCACAGUCCAGCAGGCAAAUAGAAAAUUUGGUAAUUAUUCAAAUGUAAUUAACUAAUGUUGAAACUAUGAAACAUGAAUACUACAUGCUGCCUCACCUGGUUUGGUCCUAGCCCUAAGAACGUUAGUAAGUAAGCCAUUUCCUGAGGACCUAACAGACGUAGGAGCCUCAUAAAUUUCAAGUAGGUCAGCAGUAUAUUUAGGUCCGAGACCCUCAAUGCUUUAUAAACCAUUAACAGUAUUUUAAAACCAAUCCUUUCAGACACAGGAAGCCAUUACAAUGAUUUAAAAAUUGGUAAAUGUGAUCAAUUUUUCAUGGUGUUGGUCAGAACCUUUGACACAAGGCGGAGGCAGGUGUUCCAGAUUAGCUGGUGGCAGUCAAACAGAUGUUUGGUAGGCUACACUUCCUUUUCAGAAGCUGCUACCAACAAAACAAAAAGAAACACUGAAUAUUUCAUCAAUGACAUUUGUGGUGUUAAUUUAAACACUUUGAAACUGCACUUUUUAAACUUUUUAAUAAACAUUGUUAUUACUCUUGACCGAUAAAAUAUUACCUGGUGAUACUCUAACACACAAUGUGAAAACGGUAAACACAUAUGCGUCAGCACACCGAUGCUCUUCACAAAACAGAAUCUUGUCUUCCUCAUGAUUCAUUUUAUUACUCUGAUUUCAGCGUUGUCGCCUCAAAACUAAUGCGAGCAGUUUACUUUGUGCGCACUUGAAUGCAGUUCAGUCUACUAGCGCCACCUAUGGCCAAGUGCCAUAGACUACAACCCAAUUAACUUGUUACACACAUUUGCACCUGGUUCUGUCACCACAUCUUAAUUCCCGCUUCAUGCACAAUACAUUUGUAACUUUUAGUG